AUGGCCUGUUGGUUCCUUCCUUUAUCGAAAGGUGCAGCCAGGGAGCAGACCAUGAACAACAGCGCCUUGGCAAUUGACUUGGAGGUCUGGGCUUACAGCAACGAUAGCAACCCUAUCCACAGUCGGCUAAGGAAAACUUCGUUAGUCAAUGAUUCUAGUAGCAAUACCUAUAUCGAGUUCAACAAUCACGAGUAUCCCUUCAACACCAAGGGCACCUGGAGCGUAAGCCUAAUCGUUCAUUGGGCAUACUGCUAUGUCCAACCAGCUAGCGGGGCGCUGGAUGAAAGCGUAACGACCAAAAGAGACAACACCUUUGUCACCGAAGUCGUUUUUACCACAAAGGGCCCUUUGAAACAAGUUAGCGUUGGCGCCGCGACCAGCAACAAAACUUGCCCGUCUCCUGCCGGCCUCACUAUCAACGCUGCAAACAUAACGGAAGUAAUAACUGAAAAUGGUUUCGAGAGUCAUACCUGCGCUUUAGUUGAUCUUCCACUCGAGUCAGAUGGCUACGGCUUUGGCAGUCUCCCAGUCGACCAAGACCGCUGCGCUAUUACUCUGGAGCCUGCAGCCGCGUCAAGCAUUAAUGCCAUUCUGACUUCUUCGUACUGCGGCCAGUACGGAGAUGAUCCCAAGAGAGUGGAUUGUGAUUCUUGGAGGGAUAGUCCUGAUAGUACGGGGCUCCGACUUGUUGCAGGAGGAGUAACUUGCUCGGCAUUUGUGUUGGGGGUUAUCACUUAUAUUCACACUCUCAUGUAG